AUUCAAAAGCUAGGCCUUUUGUCUUCUUAAAAAUUAUAAUCAAGAAAAAAAGAUGGAUACCUUUGCUUUGAACCCAAGAAACUCUCAUCAUAUCCGCUCGAACAGCCUGCCCUCAAAGCCACACCCGAUCAUUGAGCAAGUUGGUGAGCAUUUGUGUAGAUUGAAGGAGGCCUCAGAAGCUACAUCAUCUUCUUCAUUUGAAUUAUGCCAUAAACUGAAUGGCCUUCAAGAUUUACAUGAUUGUGUUGAUAGGUUGCUUCUACUGCCUCUCACCCAACUUGUUCUUGCUGAUGAGUGUGAUAAGAAAUGGUUCAAUGAUUUACUCGAAGGAUCUGUAAGACUCUUGGAUUUGUGUGACAUAGCUAAAGAUGCAUUGUUGCAGACAAAAGAAUGUGUCCAUGAAUUAGAGUCUGUUUUGCGCAGAGGAAGGGGAGGAAAAAUGUUCAUAGAAAGUGAACUUCAGAAAUGCUCAAGUUCUAGGAAGUUGAUAAAGAAAACAAUCUAUAAAGCCUUGAAGAUAGUUGAAAUCAAAAGCUGUGAGAAAAAUCUAUCCACUCCAGCUACUAUUAGCUUGUUGAAACAAGUAGAAGCCAUCAGCUACAACAUUAUCAAGUCCUUGUUGUCUUUCCUAGCAGGAACCAAGUUUUCAUCAAAUUCAAGCCGUUGGUCUUUGGUUGCCAAGCUUGUGCAACCUAAAAGAGUAGCCUGUGAAGUUGAAGAAACAAAUAGAAACGAAGUGUCACUGGUUGACGCUGCAUUACAUUCGAUUGCCAGUCAGAAAACAAAGAAAUCCAGUUUCCUUGUUCAAGAUGACAAUUUGCAGAACUCAUUGAAGAUAUUUAGUUCAAACAUUCAAGAAGUUGAGGGUGAUCUUGAGGCUCUACAUAGGCGCAUUAUUAAGUCUAGAGUCUCACUUCUCAACAUCUUGAACUACUAAGCCUAAAAUUUCAGAUAGUAGUAUCAUGGCUAAUCCCAUGAGAAACAAUUUUUGUAGACUGUAAAGAAAGCAGUAAAUAUACAAACUUUAUUCAAUGACUUCGGCAUAA